GGCACUAUCAACACUGUCUGUUUUUUUCUGCUGCUCACUCUUUUUCCUUCAAGCCCUUCAACUUCGUUGGUUUCCCUGGACUGUACAGUAAUAGGACAUCAUGUUUCCUCGCGCACUACCUCUGCUCCUGCUGUGUAUCUCUGCAGGCUUGGCUGCAACUCUUAUCCAGGCUUCAGUAGAUGCGGCUUCAGUAGAUUCGCCUGCUGAUGGCAGCCCAGAUGUUAAUCAGGAGAAUCAGGCAGAGCAUGUUCCAAUGGCAGAUGCCCCUGUUGAGGGAAAACCUGCACCGAGUGCCACAGAAGAAUCUGAGGAUGAUGAAGACUGGGGGUUUGGCUCCAUCCGAGGAAGUUUACAGUCAGUCAAUGGCUAUUUUGACUCAAUAUUGGAGUUGAUGGGAGGCCGUGAUGGUGUAUGUCAGUACCGCUGCAGAUAUGGUAAAGCUCCUCAGCCUCGUCCUGGCUAUCAGAUGCAAGAACCUGAUGGUUGUAGCACGUCACUGCUUGGCUUCCAGGUACCGAAUAGUUUUGAUAUGGGUGUACCAGCCAUGACCAAAUGUUGCAACCAGCUAGAUAUUUGCUAUGAAACCUGUGGAUCCAACAAGUAUCGCUGUGAUACCAAAUUCCGCUGGUGCCUCCACAGCAUCUGCGGUGACCUGAAGAAGAGUCUGGGCCUCAUGUCCAAAGUUGAAGCUUGUGAGACCUUUGCCGACACCAUGUACAACACUGUGUGGACUUUGGGCUGCAGACCCUUCAUGAACGGCCAGAGGGCGUCCUGCUAUUGUGAAGGAGAAGAGAAGGAUGAGCUGUGAAGACCUACAAAACCACAAAACACACCACCUUCAGCACAUGUAAACACCUCAUAGCUUUAGACUAUACCACACAAGGGAUGAAUCUCAUUAAAACAAGUCAUAUUUCACUACAAAUAAUGAGUAGAAACUAUUGAUCGACAUUAAUUUGGGGUGAAAUGUGACCACAUAGUCUGGAGAUUCAUCAGUUAACCCUUGAACUGGUGCUAUUGGAUUUGGUCAGACAGAAAAAAAGUUUAUAGGUAUGUGGAAGUGUCUUUCUCGCAUAUUUGUAUUGUGUGUGUGUGUGUGUGUGUGUGUGUGUGACUGUGUAUAGGUUUCCCAUAUAGAAAUCUGAUAUAUGGCAAUAUAUGCGAAUUACACACAGUAUAUAACAUACAAGUUUAUAUUUGAAUUUCACAUAUAGAAAAAUAGGCGGUUCAUUCUGUUUUGGCGAACUCUGAAAUAGAUAAAUAAAUAGGGAAAUGGAUGAAUAUAGAAAAAUAGAUGUCAUAUAUACCACAUAUAUUUUAAAAUAUUGCAAAAAAUGUCUGUUUACUUGUAUAUUUUAUAUUUCAACCACUGGAAUUACAGAUAUAUACAUAUGUUUAAAUAUUAUAUGUGUGUGUGUGUGUCAUAUAUGAACACAUAUAAAAUGAUUGCUAAUGUAUUUGAUCCUGUACAGUAUGUACAUAUUUGUAAUUCGAAUGGUUUUGCUAUAUAUACUUAUGCCAUAUAUGUGAUUUGUAUAUAUUGUCAUAUGCCAGAUUUCUAUAUGGGUUGUUAUAUGGGAAGACAACGUUCAAAUUCUUAUGACCAUAUAUGAGGCCAUUAAGAUGUAGAGACUUCACGCUGGUGUUGGUACUGAACUAAUAUUUAAUAUAUUAAGAAACUCUGUUCUGUUUGGGAAUGAUGGUAAUAUUAAUUUAAUAUUACUGUUAUUUUCUUUAAAUGUAAUUAAAUGUAGAAUCAAUGUUCAGCAGAAACACGCAGGAAUGUUUAUUUCAUUGUGAGUAAAGGCUGAACAAAAUGACUUGGCUGUAACAUCACUUAAUUUCGCCCAGUAAAACGCUGCUAAUCGUAUAUGCAAA